AUGUCGUACGCUCUAUAUAUUAUUUGUGUUUACUGGGCAAAUAGCGCCGCAGAAGAUUGGUACGGCGAUGGUUUUUCGGUGCGUCAGAUAUCAGUGAACAAGUUGAAGUUGAAAUUUUAUUGUAUCAAUGGGUGGAGUGACGAGAAAGCACCACCAAAGGACUUUACUGCUGUUCACGAGAAGAUCCGAAAUGCCAUUGAUAUUAAUAGUAAGGGUACCUUAAUGUUGCUUUGCAAAGAUGGAUGCUCAAGGAGUGGCAUAUACGCCCUUAUUGAUAUGGAGACGGAACGUUAUAGCAAAAAAGGAAGAAUCAAACUUGGUGAAACUAUCAAAGCUUUACGAAGUCAAAGGAGUAAUUGUUUUGACACGAAGGAGUUGUUUGAAGCAGCCGCUCAAAUUAUGACCGAGAGUGGCAUAUACGCCCUUAUUGAUAUGGAGACGGAACGUUAUAGCAGAAAAGGAAGAAUCAAACUUGGUGAAACAAUCAAAGCUUUACGAAGUCAAAGGAGUAAUUGUUUUGACACGAAGGAGUUGUUCGAAGCAGCCGCUCAAAUCAUGACCGAGUUUGCGAGGAAAGCACUGGAAAAACCAGAACCUAGCAAAGGGAGCAUAGAAAGCAAAUAA